UACAAAUAGUGUGAAAGGGGUUUAUCUUAAAUAUUAGAGAGUUUUUUUUAUGUCACAACAUUAAACAUUGAUACAGCAACCACCCAUAUGCUUUUGAACUUUCUAUUAAUCAAAGAAUCCUGAAAAAAGGUUUCUUCAAAAAACCACUGUUUUUAAUAAUAAAUGAAAAUGUUCUGGAGCACCAAAGUGAUCACGUGUCUCUGAUGAAUGGAAUAAUAUCUGCUGAAAAUACAGCUUUGCCAUCACAGGAUUAAAUUAUAUUAGAAAAUAAAGUUCAUUAGAAAACAUACAUUUUUAAUAGCAGUAAUAUUUAACAGUAUAAUAUAUAAACGGUAGAAUAUAGAGAUGAAUAGAUCUUUCCAUCGUUUCGAUUCAGAUUCCAGUUUAACUUUCUGCAGGAUGGGGGCAAUUCAAUUUAUAUUUACUCCUGAACUGAAAGGGAACCAGUUGUCAAUGAUUCUCUAAUUCAUUCAGUAACAUUUUUGGCUUUUGUCUCACGCUAAAAUAUUGUACACCCUCAAAACACUUCAAACUCCUAAUGGGUUGUUUUAUGAUGUUUGGUUUGGAGAAACAUGGCCUGACUAAAUGUUGAAUUGUCACUUUAACAUUUUUCUCAAUCUUUUACAGUCUCAUCGGCGUCAGCACAACAAGGACAAGCCGUAUAAGUGUCACCACUGUAACCGUGGUUAUGUAGACGCAGCCAGCCUGGAGGUUCAUCUGUCCACGCACACGGUCAAGCACGAUAAACUCUACUCCUGUGGUUUAUGCAACCGCACAUAUACCUCGGAAACGUAUCUGAUGAAGCACAUGCGAAAACACGCCCCAGAUAUGCUUCCGUCUCCACCCGGAUCCAACCAUCAGAAUCGCAGCCCCGGCCGCGCAGGAGGAAGUAGCUCGGAUGGAGACGGGCAGAGCCAAGCCGAGAGGAACAAUGCCUUCAUCCAGCCGGUCGGUGUGCCGUGCAUAUUCGACCUGAACCAGUACAAGCCAGUACCUUCUGCAGACGUGCAGUAUAAAACUGUCAGUGUGUCUGACAUCUCCCCUCACAAAGACCUCUGCAUCACCGUGGAGGCUUCUGCCAUACAGGUGGAGCACCUAAACUCAUAAGGAAUCCCACCAAACUUUUGUAAUUGACGAGGUCCACACAGAGCUGCGGACACAGGAGGACUUUUCUUACUCGAUACCUUUUUAUUUGUAUGAAGGAGCAAGUGGAUUUAAAUGGACACAGCUGAAGAAACAGACUUUGGGUUUUUUUUUUUNUGGUU